AUGGCUUCCGGUGGGGACCAGCAGACAUCCACUUCCGGCAAUCAACCGGCACCCAGCACAAGUAAUGGCAGUGCACAAAUGGGGGCCAUGCCCUGUGACCCACAAGCUUUCGCUCAAUUUUUCCGGGCGUUUGAAACGUUUUAUAGGCAAUGUAGGCCUGGGGCCUUGGGGACCACUGCCCCAGAACCAUCACAGGACGUAAUACCAGACACUCCUCCCAACUGUCAAGGCCAGCAGGUAAUACCAGCCGCGGCAGGGGGCAGCACCCAGUCGGAAAAUGCAAAUGCAGGUCGUCCUAAUACCCGUGCCCAGGCAGCCAUUACGAGAAGGGCCAGCCAAAACACAGGAAAGGGUAAGGCACCGGCAAAAGCCUCCGGCAAAGGAAAGGCUAUUUCCAAAGGGGCUGGUAGCAACUCCUUUUCACAGGUGGUAGACAUCCCUAGUGUGUUUCAGGAGCAGCAGCCCCAGCACAGCUCUACCGAGGACAGUGCGGGUUCCGGCUUGGAAGAGGAGCACAGGGAGGCUCAAACUACUCAGCCAGUGACCAGUGCGAAUUCGGCCACCGCAGAGGUGCAGGGUGGAAAACAGAAAUCUAAGAAGAAGCACACUUCGUCAAAGAAGAAAAGAAGUAAGCAGUCCGAGACGGAUGAUGAGUCAGGUACGUCUUCUUCGGAUUCUGAUAGUGAGGGCCCCAUGGAUGGUUACUGGGACUUGGGUGAAGGGAAUCACGGGAUCCCACUUUGGGCGCAUGAAAGGAGAGCCAAUUCACAUCGUAAGACGUUCAAUGGAGUGCUGGAUUGGAAAGAUGGGGUGUUGGUAGAGGACGUAAAGGUGGCCACUCAUCAGUCCACUGAUUUUAUAUUAGGGAACCAUUUGUCCCAGAAGAAGAGGAAUAAAAUCCUCAACGGGGACUAUGUGGACAUGUUUACCUUACUCCCCCCUACUAAACUAAUGGGAAAAGGUGAAAGGAGGCGAUCUUCUGGUAAAGGAAGAUACAGGACCCCAAGGGCUGAGCGCACCUUUGAGAAUUGGUUAGAUGGGUACCAGGUCUUCAUGGCUGUUGUUUGCGCUGCCUAUCCUCGGCGCUCCAUGGAUUUGGUUGCUUAUCUGGCUCAUGUUAGGCGGGCCCACGCGCUCGCAGGGGAGCAAGCCGCAUUAACAUAUGAUGAGAACUUCCGUAGAAAUGCUUCUCUCCUACCUUCCACACGAUGGGACCUAACGGACCCUAACUACUGGGGCGAGGAUGUCAAUCCCUACAUUGAAAAGAAAAAUCUAGCAUCGGCCAAGGCGGGUAAGACUGAGGUGAAGCGGCGUCGCCUCUGCUGGGAGUUCAACAGGGGUGCAUGUUCGAGACCCACCUGUAAGUAUCUGCAUGAAUGCGACCGGUGCUGGGGAAAUCACCCCGCCUCCGCGUGCUUUAAGAGUAAGCAGCAGCCCUUUCGUGGGGGCAGGGGGUACUUCCACAACAGCAAUAGAGGUGCCCCCGGAUCCUCCCACCGGGGACCUGGUAAUGGUAACCGCCAGUAA